AACCAGUAAAGAUCUCGAUACACAACAGUCAGAAAAUUCUAUCAAAUCAAGAGCACCACCAUCCCAUUUAGCUAAAGAGGAUAUCGAUUGCAUAAUGUAUGCCAGGGAAUUAAAAAGUGAAUCUAAAAAAGUUUUGGAGUGGUAUAGAAUUG